AUGUAUCGUACAUUUAUUCGUCGUAGUUCAACUUAUGCAAAUAUUUAUCGAUCAAGUAUCGAACAUCCCGAAAAAUUCUGGAAUGAACAAGCUCAAAAACUUUUCUGGUUUAAAAAAUGGAAUAAAACCUAUGAUAAAGAUAAUCUUCUUAGACCACAUUGGUUUCAAGAUGGACAACUUAAUAUGACAUAUAAUUGUCUUGAUCGACAUAUGCCAACACAUGGAAAUCAAACAGCUAUUAUACAUGAUUCAGCUAUGACUGGUAAAGUAACUCAUAUUACAUAUAAACAACUUUUACAACAAGUUAAAACUUUAUCAAAUGUUUUAAGUAAAAAAUAUGGUAUUAAAAAAGGUGAUGUUGUUUUAAUUUAUAUGCCAAUGAUUCCUGAAGCUAUUGUUGCUAUGUUAGCGUGUGCUCGUAUUGGUGCUAUACAUAAUCUUGUAUUUGGAGGAUUCAGUGCAAAUGAAUUAGCAGUUAGAAUUAAACAUUCUCAACCUAAAGUUGUGAUUUCUGUCAAUGUUGGAUUUGAACCUGAACGUACAAUUAAUUAUAAGACUAUUGUUGAUGAAGCUAUUAAAAAAAGUGAUGUUAGUAAUGAAUCAAUACAAUGUAUUAUAUUUAAUCGAUCAGAAGGAAAACAAGCUGAUUUAAUUUCAGGAAGAGAUCGAGAUUGGAAUGAUGUUAUGAAUAGUGUACGUGAUCAACAUGAUUGUGAACCUGUUGAAGCAAAUCAUCCACUUUAUUUACUUUAUACAUCUGGAACAACAGGUACUCCAAAAGCUAUUGUUCGUCCAACUGGUGGUUAUGCUGUUACAUUACAAUGGACAAUGAAAUAUUUAUAUAAUAUUCAUCCGGGAGAAGUUUGGUGGUCUGCUGCUGAUCUUGGAUGGGUUGUUGGUCAUUCCUACGGAUGUUAUGGUCCAUUAUUAAAUGGAUCAACAACAGUUAUAUAUGAAGGGAAACCAAUUGGUACUCCAGAUGCAUCAGCAUUCUUUCGUGUAAUAAAUAAUCAUAAAGUUGUUAGUUCAUUUUGGUCUCCAACUGCAUUAAGAAUAAUUCGUCAAAAUGACCCGGAUAAUAAACAUGCAACAAAAUAUCCACUAGCACAUUUUCGAGCUUUAUUUGUUGCUGGUGAACAUUGUGAUCGAGAUACUUUAUUAUGGGCAAGAGAAAUCUUUCAUAAUAAACCUGUUAUUGAUCAUUAUUGGCAAACAGAAACAGGAGCGCCUGUUACAGCUGUUUGUUUAGGUCUUGAGAAAAAUCCAGAUCUUGGUCCACCAGGUUGUGCUGGACGUCCAUGUCCUGGUUAUAAUUUACAUUUAUUUUCUUCGGAUAAUAAAUCGAAAGAAGAAGAAGAAUGUUCAAAUGAUGAAUUAGGUCGUAUUGUACUUAAAUUACCAUUACCUCCCGGAUGUUUUACAACAUUAUGGAAAAAUGAUGAACUCUUUCAUGAACUCUAUUUUACAAGAUAUCCAGGUUAUUAUGAUACAAUGGAUGUUGGUAUACGAACACAAGAUGGUUUUAUUGAAACAUCAUCUCGUGCUGAUGAUGUAUUAAAUGUUGCUGGACAUCGUUUAUCAGGUGGACAUAUUGAACAAGCUAUUGUUGAAAGUGGAAAAGUAUCUGAAUGUGCUGUUAUUGGUUUAAAAGAUGAUGUUAAAGGACAAAAGCCUUUUGCUUUCAUCGUAUUAAACAAAGCGGAAGAAAAUACUAAUUUUUCUGAAAUUGAAAAGGCUAUUGUAGCAACUGUUCGACAACAAAUAGGUCCUGUUGCAGCAUUUAAAAAAUUUAUUACGGUUAAACGUUUACCAAAAACACGAUCAGGCAAAAUAGCACGAAAUACUUUAACUGCUUUACUCAAUGGAAAAUCAUUUCGUAUACCGAGUACAAUUGAAGAUGCAAGUGUCUAUGAUGACUUACGUAUUGAAUUAACAAAAGCUGGUUAUAAAAAUUUAGGUGAAUCAAGUCAAAUGUAA